CUCCAGAGCUUAGCUUCAGUUUUCAACACCAGAGAGUUUUAAGUGCGGAGAAAAAUCAGAACUCUGGGAUAUCAGCAAAAUGAAUAUCAGCACCAGCUCGAAAGACAAACAAUAAUAGAGACCCUCCGUUGUUUAUUUGUUUCUCGUGCGCCAUCGAGACCAACGCGUGCCACGACCAACCGAGGAGGUUCAAAGGAUAACUUCCCCGUGCAACUUUUGCGGGGUGCGGGCAAGGAGAGCGGGGGGCAGGAGUGCUGGACGCGCAGACAGCGCGGAAUCGAUAUCGAUGGUACGCACCAAAAACCAGUCGUCCUCCUCCAGCGCCAGCAGCAGCAGUACCAAGUCACCGAUAAAGUCCAGCGGUGGAGCAGGAUCCUCGGGCGGAGGUGUCGGUGGUCGCCAGUCCACGCAUCGCUCGUCGAGCGCCUCCAACGUUGCGGCCGUUGUCGCCGGCAACUCAUCCGCCGGAGGCUCCUCUUCGAAUCGCCGUAGUCCGGGCAGUUCGCCCGACGGCGACGACGACACCACCACCACAGAUGACCUGACCCCCACUACGUGCUCCCCGCGCAGCGGUCACCAUCAUCAACACGGCUACGGCUACUCGUCCUCCGUGCACAAACAGAACCUAUACGUCGUCUCGUUUCCCAUAAUCUUUUUGUUUAACGUUUUGCGCUCGCUGAUUUAUCAGCUGUUUUGUAUUUUUCGCUACCUCUACGGGGCGAGCACAAAGGUGAUUUACCGCCCGCACCGACGCGAUUGCAACAUCGAGAUCGUGGUGCAGAAUUCCUCCAAGGAGCAGCAGCAGUCUCUAAAACAUCCUUCGGACCUUAACAGCGAGGGUGCUGGACAGGAGCAGCAGUUGUCCAAUCAGCCGCAGCGUUUUCGACCCAUUCAACCGCUGGAAAUGGCAGCCAAUCGUCCGGGAGGUGGCUACUCACCUGGUCCCGGUGAUCCCCUGCUGGCCAAGCAAAAGCAUCACCAUCGACGCGCCUUCGAGUACAUCUCCAAGGCGCUCAAGAUUGAUGAGGAGAACGAAGGUCACAAAGAGCUGGCAAUUGAGCUCUACCGGAAAGGCAUCAAAGAGCUGGAGGAUGGCAUAGCUGUCGAUUGUUGGAGUGGACGUGGUGAUGUGUGGGAUCGGGCUCAGCGGUUGCAUGACAAGAUGCAGACGAACCUUUCAAUGGCCCGAGACCGUCUUCACUUUCUCGCGCUGCGUGAGGAGGAUUUGCAAAUGCAGCGUCUCUCCUUGAAGGAGAAGCAGAAGGAGCAGGCUCAAAACAGGUCCCAGAAGUCCAGGGAGCCCAUGCUGGCCGGCAUGACCAAUGAACCCAUGAAGCUUAACAAAGUGCGCAGCAGUGGCUACGGGCCCAAGGCCACCACCACCGCCCAGCCCACGGCAUCUGGUCGGAAGCUAACCAUUGGAACCAAGCGUCCCGUCAAUCUGGCCGUGGCCAACAAGUCACAGACGUUGCCGCGAAACCUUGGCUCCAAAACAUCCGUGGGCGCAGUCCAAAGGCAGCCAGCCAAGACGGCUGCCACGCCUCCCGCCGUUCGGCGCCAGUUUUCCUCGGGACGUAAUACACCGCCCCAGCGUUCGCGAACUCCCAUAAACAACAAUGGACCCAGUGGCAGUGGCUCCAACACUCCGGUGGUGAGUGUCAAAGGCGUUGAGCAAAAGCUGGUGCAGCUCAUACUCGAUGAGAUUGUCGAGGGCGGGGCCAAAGUGGAGUGGACGGACAUUGCCGGUCAGGAUGUGGCCAAGCAGGCUCUUCAGGAGAUGGUCAUUCUGCCCUCCGUCCGGCCGGAGCUGUUUACGGGACUCCGAGCUCCGGCCAAGGGACUACUGUUGUUCGGUCCUCCCGGAAACGGUAAGACUUUGCUGGCCCGUGCCGUGGCCACCGAGUGUAGUGCUACCUUCCUGAACAUUUCGGCUGCCUCGCUGACCAGCAAAUAUGUGGGCGAUGGCGAGAAACUGGUGAGGGCUCUCUUCGCAGUGGCACGUCACAUGCAGCCCUCCAUUAUUUUCAUCGACGAGGUGGACUCCCUACUCUCGGAGCGUAGUAGCAGCGAACAUGAGGCGUCACGACGCCUGAAGACCGAGUUUCUGGUAGAGUUUGAUGGGCUGCCCGGUAAUCCAGAAGGGGAUAGAAUCGUGGUGCUGGCCGCCACCAAUCGACCGCAGGAGCUGGACGAGGCCGCCCUGCGACGGUUCACGAAGCGCGUUUACGUCUCACUGCCCGAUGAGCAGACCCGCGAGCUGCUCCUCAACCGACUGCUGCAGAAGCAGGGCAGUCCGCUGGAUACGGAGGCGUUGCGUCGCCUGGCCAAGAUCACAGACGGAUACUCGGGUUCCGAUUUGACGGCCCUGGCCAAAGACGCCGCACUGGAGCCCAUCCGAGAGUUGAAUGUGGAGCAAGUGAAGUGUCUGGACAUCAGUGCUAUGCGAGCAAUCACAGAGCAGGACUUUCACAGCUCGUUGAAGCGCAUCAGGCGCUCGGUGGCGCCGCAGAGCCUCAACUCGUACGAGAAAUGGUCGCAGGAUUACGGCGACAUCACCAUCUAGUCUGUUCUAGCCAGCAAGCCUGCCCCCCUCCAUCACUCCAGUCUGAAGCAGCUGUGAUGUGAGUGUCAGUACGUUAUUCUUAGCCGUUGCCCUAGUUUUGAUCAUGUGACCCAUCUUUACUUCAGGUUCUAUUCAAUCUGUAGAUUUUUCGUUUCACAAACAUUGUUAGAUUUGUAUUAACCAGUGAAUUAUUUAAUAUGAUUUGUUUCCAUACGAUAUCUUGUGUUUUAGCCUAAGAUCAUUAUACUAUUUUUUGUCGUUUUACCGCCAUGUCCAUGUGGUGCGACAUCCUGUCAUGCAGCUCCAUUAUCGUUAUACUCAUUUAACCUAGUGUAUUUCUAAGAAUAACUAUACUAUCCAAUGGAGUUGCUAGAAUAGUAGUUCCGCCCUGUUUUGGUUUUGAAUAUUUAUUCAAGGGCACAUUGCUUUAUAAACUAGUUUUAAGUUUUUGGAAAAUUCCAUGUAGUGGUGUUUAUUUCGUAAGACAGGCGGCCCAAGAAGUUCACAACUACUUCCAUUGUAUCCUUGAACCAAUAGAGCAUAUUUUUGUUGUACAUUGAGUGCCCAUCCACAAGCUACAUGUAAUCUAGAAGUAAGCGUAGUCCUAAGACCGAUGAGAUAUACUUAUACACACCCACAAAGAUACAUUUACCAGCGCAGAAUCGGAUUUAAGUUUUAAUAGUUAUCGCUGUCCGUAUCGUUAGUCUAGUUUAGUUCCUUUGUUUCAAUCUAUGUACCUACGGCUAUAAAUACAAUCGUCUCCGAAUCACCUAUAUUAUUAGUAACACUCCCAAAAUGUUGUACCUAGCAGGUGCGUAUGGAUCUGGUGUUAUCAGAUAAAUCAGAACAUCUACACCCGCACAUAUGCUCGUGCUUAUCGCGGUACUUUGAACCAGCUUUUACGCAGCUCGCCCACCCGGAAUUUGAGUUCUAUGACUAGUUACUAAACACAGAUCCAAAACUACAUGCAUACAAAAAUAUAUAAAAAAAUAAAUAUUUAGAAUACGCUAAAUAAAAUCGAUUUCAAAAGA